AUGAGCGGCGGCGUCGGCGACGACGACGACGGCGACGACACCCUCGGCGCGUUCGCCCCGUUCCUCACCCAAAUCCUCGCCUGGGAUUACUAUAAAAUCUACGCUGAGAGCAUGAGUGCGUAUCAACAAAGUAAUACCGCUAAAAAGACUGUCACCAAAACUCCCUCUUCUUCGUUGAAACCGAUCCCUUUGCGCUUUUCCAACGCGAAAGAAUACAUCCAGUGCUUCUCUUCGUUCUUGUUGGAGGAAGCGAAAGCGAUCGUUUUGAAAGGAGACGGGAACGGCAGCGCGACGGUCGUGUGCGAGAAGUGCGCCGUGCGCGUGAACGCGUUGUCCUCUAAAAACGCCGCCACCACCACCACCACCGCGGCGGCGGCGACGACGACGAAAAGCUCAACCACCAUCGAGAAGAAUAAAAAAGACGAGGAGCAAAAGGAAAAGACGUUGAAGAUGUGUUUGUACACCGCCGUCGCGUCGUUCGAAACGCAGCAACAGUGCGAACAGUUCAACGAGAACGAUUUACUCUUCCUCUCCAAGCUGAACUCGGUCUCCGAAGACGAGAAGAUUGAAAAAGGCGUGGAUUAUUGCUUCGCGUUUUGCCAAGGGAGAGUGAGCGAUACGGAAGUGAAAGUGCGCUUGUUUUCGCCACCGAUGAUACAGAAGAAAAAAUCUGGGCAACAGCAACAGCGACAGACGAAUAGCACUAAAGAUGCGUUGGACGAAGAUAACGAGAGACUCGCGAAUAUUCGAGCUAAGUUAUUGAGUAACAACCACUCGUGGCACUUGACGCGCGUGUGCAAUAUGAGCACGGCGCGACGGGAGUGGCUCGCCGUGCAAGAAGUUUCUUCUAUUCCAUUCGCUGAUUUGAUCCUGGAUGCGAGCAAUAAUAGCGAUAACACAACCGUUAGUAACGCGAACGUAACGAAAAAGCAGAAGAAAGAGCAGCAGCAUAAGCAACAGCGGCAAUAUCAACCGAGCUGGGAAAUCCCGAAAGAUUUAUCGGACGCGAUGAAAGCAAAAGGAAGGUCAGAUCAAUCGCAGCUCAAAAUUGCGACGACUACGGCGCUCACGAAAGAAAAUCCGCUCGUGUUAAUUCAAGGACCACCGGGGACGGGGAAAACCACCACGAUUAUUUCCCUUUUAUCGGUGAUUUUAGCAGCGCAACCGAUAAAUCGCAAUCACGUCGCAAACCGAGGAGAUGAUUGGAACAACAAAAAGAAAAGUACAAUCACCGAGGAAGAAAAGCUCGCGAUGAGGAUGAAGGCGCAACCGUGGUUGUUUGGAAUAACUAAUCCAAGAGAUUGCUUGCCGAACAUCGAUUUAGGCGACACUUCGGACGAUGACGAAGAAAACAACGGAACCAACGACGGAAACAAGAACAGUGCCAAUAUUGAAAACCAGAGAAGGGGCCACACCGCUCCCUCGAGCACUAUUCCAAUCGAACUCAUGGGACCUAGCAUAUCCAGACGAUCGAAAAUUUUAGUUUGCGCGCCUUCAAAUUCAGCCGUUGAUGAAAUUGUCCGUAGAAUUUUGCGUAAGGAAUUACUCGAUGAACACGGGAAGUCUUAUAAGCCUAGCAUCGUGCGUGUCGGCGGCAAUUUCCGAAAAGACGUGGCGAAUGUAAGUUUAGAAAGGCUCAUUGAAGAGCGCAUAAAACAAGACUACGGAAAAGAGUAUUUCAGCGGUGGCGGAGGUAAAGAUGAAAAAGGUCUCAAGAAAUUCGGUUCCUUCCAGGAUAACAGACGCUUCAGACGAAUCAUAUUAGACGAGGCUAAAAUCGUGUGCACGACGUUGUCCGCUGCCGGGUCUGAAAUUUUCCGUAGGAUGAAGACAAAGUUUGACGUCAUCAUCGUAGAUGAAGCCGCGCAAGCGGUAGAGCCAUCGAUAUUGAUUCCAUUGACGGAAAUUAAGGCGAAACAAGUCUACUUAGUUGGUGACCCGGCGCAGUUACCGGCCACAGUACUUUCUCGAGAGUGCGCCAAGAACAACUACGAGCAAUCCUUGUUUAAAAGACUCAUGGAUUCAGCAUAUCCGGUGCACAAGUUGUCGACGCAAUACAGAAUGCUUCCAGAAAUUAGAGAGUUUCCCUCGGAUCAAUUCUACGGCGGCGAGUUGCGCGAUGGACCAGGACUUUUAACGCAAAACUAUCGAGAAUGGCACGAGUGUAAAUUAUACAAGCCUUUUGUAUUUUACGACGUGCAGCAUGGAAAAGAAGAGUCUUCGUCGAGUGGCUUUUCCUGGGUAAACGAAGAAGAAGCGACUUUUGCCGUCGAGCUUGCGCAUCAGCUGUUGAAAGCGAAUCCAGUACUGAAAAGAGAAGGUCCAAAAAUUGCCAUCAUUUCUCCGUAUCGGGCGCAAGUUUCGAUGAUUCGUCGCAAACUUGAGAGAAAGUUUGGUGGAAUGCACAACUACGGUCGUAUCGUUGAGGUGUUAUCCAUCGAUAACUCUCAAGGAAGCGAGAAGGACGUCGUCAUUUUCUCGCUCGUGCGCGCGCCCUUGAACGAUAUGUUUCAAAUCUCGAAAAAAGCUUCGAAUGCUAAUACCAAAAGCAGACGUAAUGUAUUAGGCUUCGUCGCGGACGAACGUCGCAUAAAUGUCGGCUUAACGCGCGCUAAAUGCUCCAUGUUUGUUCUAGGAAACGCGAAAGCCAUGAUGACGGAUCCAAAUUGGGGUGCGCUCGUUGAAAGUGCUCGAAAACGAGGCUGCACGAUUGAGGCUCCUACUCGAGCAAAUUUUCGAUCCUUCUUCUCCAAUUACACUCAAUAUCAUGACGGCGAAUUAAGUGGGUCCGAAGAUGACACCGAUGAUGCAGCAAGCUCGCUCAAAUCGAUAUUAUACGAAGACGAUUACGUCUUUGAAGAUACGGAUAAAGACAUCUCUCCAGACAAAUUGACCAUCGAUCGCGCGGCGGAAACGGACGGCUACGCCAGGUACGGUUUUAAAGACGACCUCGUCUUUGAAAGAGCAAACAAAGCGGAUGUCGUCGGCGGAGAGGAGGACGGUGCUUUUGCAGACGACGACGAUGCGAACGUUGACGCGUUCGUGGAGGUCAACGAGACCGCGCCUGUGGGUAAAAAGCCAAAGAAGGAGAAAACAAAGACGGAGGACAAGAAGAAACCGGCGACGACGAAGAAGCGAGCCGUACUAAGUAAGGCACCCACGAGCGCUGCUACCAAACGCGCGAGAAAAUAA